AUGCGUCGACUGCUACUGCUGCUGCUUCUCGUCUCGGCCGUGUAUGCUGCCGACGUCUCGACCACAGCGCCGAUCGUAUCGGCUUGCCAAGUCUGUGCCUCGACGGGUCGGUGCCUCAACGCCGGUCCCAACGGCGAUGCCGGCAAGUACUGCGGCGUGCUUCUCGACAAGGCGGCGCUGACAUCCCAAGCGUGCUGCUGCUCGGUCGCGCAGAUUUGCCCGACGCCGAGCCAAGGCGCCGUGUGCGACUGCGCCGGCGUCAAGACGGCACCGCCCGAGAAGGCCUCGUACAACUACACGUGGGUCAUUAUCGUCGCGACGAUCGUGGGCCCGUUUGUUCUUGACUGUUGCGCGAACCGCCAGCAGCGCAAGGCCGCCAAGCAACGCGAGCGAGCGGCGCGACAGCGCGAACGCGACGCGCAAGCCGCGCAGGAGCGGGCCGAGGCUGCGAUGCCCCAAGCCGUGAUCGUCUCCGAGAUCCCCGCGCCCACCGCCAUGUACGUAGCUCAAGCGACGCCCGUGUACGCUGGCGCUUCGAAGUAA